AUGGCUACCUACCCCACAAAGGAGGACCUAACAAAGUUCUACAUCGGCAAAGACCUCGCCGAUGUACCCAAACCAGCCGCGGUACUUGACGUAGCUAUCAUCCGACGACACUGCGAACGAAUGAAGCGCACCGUGAAAGAACUAGGCGUUGCUUUCCGAGCCCAUGUAAAAACUCACAAGACAAUCGAACUCACCGAGCUGCAAGUGGACAAGACAAACCCCUCAGCCAAUUUCAUCGCCUCAACAAUCCUCGAAAUCGAAACUUUGGUCCCACUCCUACUGGACUUGAAAAAAUCCCAGCAAAUCAAUGUCCUCUAUGGUAUCCCACUUGUCCCUUCGCAUGUUACCCGCCUCGCGGAAUUGGCCGCAAUGCUAGGCGAAGGUAGUAUCGCCGUUAUGAUCGACCACCCGGACCAGGUGCCCUUCUUGAAGAGAUUUUUUGAGAUCGCCCAUUUCCCUGUCUCGGUCUUUGUGAAGGUUGACACGGGAUAUCACCGUGCUGGUCUUCCGCCUGUUUCUCUGAACAAGAAUGGAUUACUGGAGAAGCUUGCCGAAGCGGAAAAGGAGGGGUAUGUUUUUCUUUUGGGGCUUUAUUCGCAUAGCAGUUUGAGUUAUGGGGCGAAGACUGCUGAGGAGGCGAUGGGGUAUUUGUCUGCUGAGAUUCGGGGGUGUAGGGAUGCGUUGGGUCGGUGGAGGUAUCUUCUUCCGAACAGGGAGUUGGUUGUUAGUGUUGGGGCGACGCCGCAGGUUUCUUCUUCGAAUAACCUUGUUCCGGAAGCUGGGGGUGCGAGUUCGUUUUCUGUGGAGGCGGAGGAGUUGAAGGGUUUACUGCAGUCUGACUCUGAGGUGAGGAUCGAGUUACAUGCUGGGAACUACCCGGUUUUGGAUAUGCAGCAGGUUUCUACGCAUGCGAGGGAUGGAGCGGGGAGGCUGGAGGAUGAGAUUGCGCUUUCGGUUGUUGCGGAGGUUUGCAGUGUUUAUAAUGAUGGGGAGAGGGAGAAGGCGGAGGCUCUUCUUGCGGCUGGGACUCUGGCUUUGGCGAGGGAGCCUUGUGGGAGUUAUCCUGGGUGGGGUGUGCUUUCUUCUUGGGGUUUGGGAAAGGAGGUGGAGGCUUCGAGGUUGAUUAUUGAUCGGAUUAGCCAGGAGCACGGGAUUGUUGCUUGGGAAUCUGGGGAUCAGAAACGUCUCCCGUUGAAGAUUGGGCAGCUUGCGAAGGUCUUUCCAAACCAUGCUUGUGUGACUGGUGCAUUUUACGGGUGGUAUUUUGUCGUGGAUUCGGAUCGUGAUCCUGGUGCUUCCAAAAUUGUGGACAUUUGGGUUCGAGGAAGGGGAUCAUCUGUGACUGAUCCGCUACUGGCUACAAGAUACCAGUAG